AUGUGCACCCUCACAAGAUGGCGUCUCCGUACACAUGCAUUCACACAAUCGUGCUGUCGCACAGGCAGCCUUCAGCCCCUUCACACACACACACACACACACACAGACACACACACACAGACAAGCACCCCCUCACACCAUCUUUGGGAGCUCGGAGGGGUUCAGCGGCUCAGUGGCAAUUUUCACCACGGCCUGGGCGCCAAAAGUCAGUGGUGCGAAGAUGUACGCCUCCUCGGCGCCAAACUCCGGGACCAGGGUGGCGGUCUUGGCCACCGUGGCGUCCAGCCCCCCCAGCAGCACCCAGUUCCCAGCCACGGCGCGGGCCAGGGGCUGGCGGGCACGACCCUGGGCCGCCCACACUCCCGUCACCGUGGCCGUGGCGGCGUCCUCCUCGUCCUCGGGCGUGUACGCCUCGCCCAGCACCCGCACCUGGGUGUGUGGUGA